AUGAGCGACUGGUUGCUAGCGGUGCACUCGGGUGCAGGGCGUUAUGGCGCCUCCAACGAAGUCGCGUACCUCUCCCUGCUCCGCUCCGCUCUAGAAAACACUCACCGCUUCAUUGCCAGCGCCAGUUCUCCACCCACAGCCGCGGAAGUCGCCGUUCAGCUGCUGCACUCUUUCGAGCACAGCAGUCUCACGAACGCCGGACUGGGGGCCAACCUGACGGAGCUCGGGCGAGUGGAGUGCGAGGCCAGCGUCGUAUGCGGCGAGACUCACUUGGUGAGCUGCUGUGGAGCUGUUCGGGGCGUGAGGAAGCCCAGUGCAUUGGCGUUGAAGCUGAUGCAGCAGGCGAAGCAAGUUGAAGGCGGUGGUGACAUCAACUCGAAAUUCGCAUUCGGGCGGCAGCCUCCGCUGGUGGUAGUCGGCGAGCACGCGCGGCAAUUGGCGCGUGACUUCGGCCUCGAGACGGCGACGGAGAACGACGAAGAACUGGACAAGUACCAGGUGACGGACAAGGCUCAGCAGCAUUGGGACAAGUGGCGUCGACGCUUUCAAGACGCUGCAGAGACCAAGACGGAAGAGGACGAGGAGCGCUUCGACACGGUUGGCGCCAUCUGUAUGGAUCCGAGGGGGGACGUUGCAGCGGCGCUGUCCAGUGGCGGGGUGGCGUUCAAAGUGCCAGGUCGACUGGGGCUCGCGGGCUGCCCUCGGAUGGGGUGUGAUGCUGCAAACGCUGAGGAGAAUUCCAGUCGCAAGAGGAAGAGGAGUGAGGGUCAGAACAGGGUGAAGAACGCGUUCGCGGUGGCGUGCACUGGUCGAGGGGAGCACUUUGUCCGCAGUAACUUGGUGGGGGCGUUGACGCGAAGACUUGAGAAGUCUAGUGAUGUGGAGAGAGCGCUACGCAAGGUGCUGGCCGACGGGGCGGGGGAUAAUGGUGGAGUGGGGGUCGAAGGUGGCGUCUUGGCGCUUGUAUCGCCGCCUUGUGCUACUCAUGCCAAAGUACGAAGCGUUGAGCUGGGGGUCGCGUUCACCACUCCGUGCAUGGGUGUGGGCUUCUUGCAGUGUCGUGCCGAUGCUGAUGCCGAGCCUCAAGUACAGAUAGAACUCUUGCGUCGACCUGAAACUCCACAACCACAAGGCAAAAGUCGACAACAGCUCGCUAUCCACGUAUCCUUGUUUCGUCUUCCCGUACUAUCUCAAGGGAAGUAA